GAAUGCAAGACUCCCAUGCUACUUUCCACUGCGUAGCUUUCAUUUUUUAUAUUUAGUUAUAUGUUAACUAAUAUUGGUACAUUUAUGGACAAGUACAGUGCUAAGUUGUGCAAAGUUUUAAUCAUUCAGUUAUAAUCGUGUACAGUUUAGUAAACGUAAAAUGUUAUUGAUUGAUAUUUCGUGAUACGAAUCUAAAGCUCAGCGGUAACAUGAAGCUGCCGGGGCCCAGCUGCGUGGUGUGCCUCGCCGCGCUUCUUAGUUACAUAUCAGUCGCACAAACCAUCGACUGCUUCAAAUGCGUCUCCAUGAACGGCAAGUUCGCGGCGUGCGACGACCCGUUCCACAACAACCAUUCUCUCCAGAUGUUGGAGUCGCCGUGUAUGGGGGGGCGGAAGGGCCGCGAUGGAUUAUUUCCGGCUACUUCCUGUAUCAAAAUUGCUGGAGUUUUCGAUGACACGGGCGAGAGCAUCACGGUGCGGGGCUGCGGGCUGGACUCGGGGACAGCGACGACGGACACGGAAAUCAUUCGCAUGUCGCACUGCGGCCGCUUCUACUACAACGACAGAUACGUGCACGGCUGCCUGCAGAGCUGCAACGACGCGGACGCAUGCAACGGCGCGCCUCGCACUCAACACGUCGCACUUACCCCGCCAUUAUUGUGUACUAUCAUCCUUCUCCUUGUACAGAGCUAACAGAGACGGGGCUAAGAGGCCGCAGGUAGCAGUGACGU